AUGUUGGCCAGCCGAGAUGCACCCAUUGUUUGCACGGAGGUGACUCCUCAAUGCCCUGUUGAGGGGACGAUAUAUGGGUAUAAGCCUGGCUUUGCCGCGACAAUUACAUUUUGUGCUAUAUUUGGACUGUGUUCUUUGGUGCAUCUCGUCCAAAUGAUAAGAUGGCGCUUGUGGUCUUUCGGAAUUGCUGUGCUUCUUGGUUCUUCGACAGAAGUGAUCGGUUAUAUUGGCCGUAUACUACUCAAUCAGAACCCAUACUCAUCAGGCGGAUUUGAAACGCAAAUCUGUACGUUGACAUUGGCGCCUGCCUUUUGGUCAGCGGCGAUAUACUUGACACUGAAGCAUGAAGUCAAUGUUUUUGGGCAACAGUAUUCACCACUGAGAGCGAAAUGGUACCCUUAUAUCUUUGUCUCAUGUGAUAUCAUCUCGUUGAUCCUUCAGGGCGCCGGAGGUGGCCUCGCAGCAACGGCAAAGACCCAAGAUGCCAGUGCUGUAGGUAGCAAUGUCAUGAUGGCUGGCAUUGUCUGGCAGGUCAUUACAUUGACGAUGUUUGGAUUGAUGUCGGUCUACUUCCUUCUUCGAAUCAAGAACGCACCAAAAUAUCAACUUACCGUUGAGGCCCAAAAGGUUUGGAAUAGCCGCAACUUUUGGAUGUUCUUUUGGGGUAUAUUUGUGGCAUUUAUGACAACUUAUGCUCGUUGCGUUUAUCGUAUUGCGGAGAUGGGGGGUGGAUGGAGAAAUCCUAUCAUGCAAGAUGAACUUAGCUUCAUUAUUCUUGAAUCUGCGUAA